AUGCAUUAUCGAACACAGCUGGUGCAGGAAGCAAUGAGUGGUGCUGAGCCUGGACCAUCUGACCAAGGAGCUUCUCCGGUUCCGGUCACAGAUGAAGACAGUGAGGGCUCGAACGUGGAACACUCACAAUCAGUGAGUGCUGAUGUUGGCUGCCAAGCCAAUAUUCCCCUGGGGACGAACAAGAAGAUGACCCAGACAGCCUUCAGGUGCAGAAGCAUUGGCACUCAGACACAGCAAUCGAUUUGCCAUGUGGGUAGCCAGACCGACAGCACAGCAGGCACACAAGGGCCACCUUUACAAGCUUCAACCGUGUAUCAUCCUGAUGAACCUGGCGAUCACGCCGACGGGGACGACACGGAUGAUGAGGCAGUCACAGCACUAAGUGGUGAUGGAGACACGGAGGCCUGGAAAGACCCACCAUACUGCCCUGAUGAGAGCGACAUGGAUGAUUCUGAUGACGAGACCGAUGCAUCCACCGAGCAACCAAAGCCCGAGAGGUUCUACGAAAAGAAGUUCCUGGUUUUUGAGUCGAACCUGAGGGAACUCCUGGACAGUCAGCCUGUCCUCCACAGAAAGCCAAUGGGGAACCUCGCUGUGUGUUCUGCUACCCUGUUCUCGGGAAGUAGUCCCGCAAAGGUGCUGCGACUAUUUUCCUUCCUUGGAAUGGAGUCAGUGAAGAAGUCGCAGUAUUUCAAGAUCCAGCGAUGCUACAUGCUUCCUGCAGUAUCUGAGGUCUGGUUCCAUGAGCAAGCAACCAUCCUGGAUGAGCUUCGAGGAAGAAAGCUCUGCCUCGCGGGAGACGGGAGGGCCGACACACCAGGCCAUUGUGCAGACUUUGGCACAUACACUCUGCUCGAGACAUCUGUUAAUCGUAUCCUGCACACGGAGCUUGUGAAGUCCACUGAAGUCUCUUCGAGUAAUCGAAUGGAGACCGAGGGGAUGGAACGGUCCCUUAACUUCCUGUGCGCCCAAGAUAUGACGGUGGACACCUUGGUGACUGACAGACACUCGGAGGGCAAGGCUUCUCUGAAAAGGAACCACCCAGGCAUCAAGCACCGGUUCGAUGUGUGGCACGUUGCCAAAGGUGUAAACAAGAAAAUCGUGGCGGCGGCUCGAUCCAAACAGCACAACGUUCUCCUGAAGUGGAGUAAGACUAUUGUCCGUCACCUUCACUGGUGUGCUAGUACCAGUGAUGGCGACGGCAAGCUGGUCCUGGCCAAGUGGACCUCCCUGAUCCGCCACAUCAUCAAUGUGCACCGGCAUCCUGACCCCCUUCAUCCAGCCUGUGAGCACGGCAACGUGCCAGAUCGUCUCUGGCUCGAAGAAGGCACAGAGACAUUCAGGAAGCUUGAAGCCAUCCUGAUGGCACCCAACCUGCUGAGGGACAUACCCUUCCUGUCCCCAAAGGAACAGACGUUCGGGCUGGAAUCGUUUCAUGCAGUUUUGAUACACUUUGCUCCAAAGUCCAGCAAGUUCCAGUAUGACGGAAUGCUCGCACGCACCUACAUCGCAGCCCUGCACUACAAUCAAAAUGCAGGCAGGGACGUGCUCCUUGAUGAGGAUGGGAGCCCCAAGUUCUACCAGAGAUGCUCGAAGGCACAGAAGCGGUGGACACUUGCACCUGUCAAAGAAAGCGUGACAUAUGACUAUGUGCGGAAGCUGUGCGACGCUGUGCUGGAGUGCGUGAACAGGUGGCCCACUUAUGCGAUCGCCGGAAAAGCUACGUACCGGGUGUCGCACGACACACUCAGCAGCAAAUGUGGUCCCAAACCAUCGAUGGGUGAAGCAGUUGCAAGGCAUCGGUCACGUUUUUCUACAUGAAAUGUCAAAGCAGCUGCGCGGUUGCUGUUGACAGCAGUGAACACUGAACAGACAGCCUGCUAUCAUCAUCAAGGACGCCAUCAAGCCAUGAGCAUGGGCUCGCGUGUUUCGCGACUUAUAUGACAGAUGCAUUUGACAAUCUGGAUCACAGACUUCUGUAAUACCCCAGGCGUUGCAACCUUUUUGAGAGCUACUUGUCUUAACGUGAGAACUUGGUGUGUGUGUCUAAUUGCCUAUUGAACCCUUUCUUCGUUUUGUCAGGCGUCCCAGUGUGAAGCAACCUCAGCCCUUUGCUGUUUUUUUAGCUUUCUAAAUUACCUUGCCUUGUGUGUGAAAUACUCAAAAAUGUGGUUAUUUGCCUAUGGCAUAAAUUAUAUUGACUGAAAAAUACUGUGUUUAUCUACAGCAUGAUGUAUGCUUUACUUUUUUUUGUGGUCGUCUAAUGGUAUUGUAAUGAACGAAUCAAAAACAGUUAUUUGUCUCAGCAGAAAACGUGACAUUUUGCAAUUUUGCUAUGUUUUAGACAAUACUGUUAGCCGUGUGUCUCUGAUUAGAGCUUUGGGUGUUUAUUUAGAUACCAAAUUUUCUUUUAAUCAUCAAGUUACAAAUAUUGUCAUUGCUCAGUGUGUUUGGUUCAUUAUGCAUAUAUCGAGCGAUUUUAAGAAUGCACCUUGUUUUCCAGCAUUCUUUCGUUCUCUUGUUCGAAGCCGCCUUGAUUUUUCUCUAGUUUGAAACAGCAUUGCAGACUAACUCUUGUGUUAUUGAGCGAGUACAAGAAAAUUUCUCUUUUAUGGCCGCUACUUGCAAUCCAAGGUAUUUUAUAACUAUGAGAGAUUAUGUUAGCUGAUUGACUUACACUCUUUGUGUAAUAGACGAAUGAUGCGGGAUUUGAUGUCCCUGCAUAAGGUCAUUAAUGGGAUUCUAAACAGUGUAUAUCUGCGUGUUGUGCAAAGGUCUAGCUGUGUGCGAUCAUUGUUUUAUCCUUUCCGUUUACACAACACUGACCCCAUUAUCCGUCUGCAACUGGUUCUUAACAAAUUUGAAUCUGAGAUAAAUUUGAUAUUGAUAUUUUUGGAUGCGAGCAUACAUUUAGAAAGUGCAUUGAUAUGUGUUUCGUUUCGACUUGUCAACAUCUGUUUUGGAGAUGUGAAUUCCUAUCGUUUCGAUGUAGUGCACCUCUAAACAGGCAUAGAACUGUUUGUGUGGCACUGAAAAUAAAGCAAUCAGUCAACAAGCACC